CUGCACUUUUGUGAUAUUAGACAUUAGCGUAUGAACAGGACUUUUAUUUUGUUCAGGAGAUAUGACAUCACACGAGCGCGCCGCUCUGCUCCAUCUGUUGUGAUUCGGCUGAAGAAAGAGUGAAGCAAAUGAGAUCCACAUGACACUAUAAUAAAGAUGGCGUGUAUUAAAGAGGAGAGUGAAGAAAUUAAGAUUGAAGAAGUAUUCAGUCUGAAACAAGAAGAUACUGAGGAACAAACAGACCUGAAGGCGCUGAAAGAAGAGAGUCAAGAACCGAAUAAAAAGGAAGAUAAAAAUCAGUAUGAGAAACAUAACGAUUUCCUAACUGGAGAAAAGUCUAGUAGUCGCUCACAGACUAAAAAGACUUUGUCUAAAAAAAGAGCUAAAAAGAAAAGAACUAAAAGUAAUUUCACCUGCCAACAAUGUGGAAAAAGUUUCAUUCAAAAUGAAAGCCUUAAAAACCACAUUAGAGUUCACACUGGAGAGAGGCCUUUCACCUGCCAACAGUGUGGAAAAAGUUUCACUCAAAAAGGAAACCUGAAAUCCCACAUGAAAACUCACACUAGAGAGAAACCUUUCACCUGCCAACAGUGUGGAAAAAGUUACACUCAAAAAGGAAGCCUUAAACUCCACAUGAGAAUUCACACUGGAGAGUACCCUUUCACCUGCCAACAGUGUGGGAAAAGUUUCACUCAAAAAGGAGGCCUUAAAUGGCACAUGAAAAGUCACAGUGUAGAGAAGCCUUUCACAUGCCCUGAAUGUGGAAAAGGUUUUAAAUAUAAAACAACCCUUAGAGGCCACAUGCGAAUUCACACUGGAGAGAAGCCUUUCACCUGCAAACUGUGUGGUAAGAGUUUUACACAUAGAUCAACCCAUAAUGCCCACAUGAGAGUUCACACUGGAGAGAAGCCGUAUGUAUGCAGUGAGUGUGGAAACAGUUUCAGAUUUAAAGUAAUUCUUGCUGACCACAUGAAGAGUCAUUCAAGAGAGAAAUGUCACCAGUGUGGAAUGAGUUUUACAGACAGCGAUCACCUUAAGAGACAUGUAAAAAUUCACAUUGGCGAGAGGCCUUUCAUGUGCGAUCACUGUGGAAAGAGUUUCACACUUAAAUCAAAUCUUAAAAUUCACAUGAGAGUUCACACUGGAGAGAAGCCUUUCACCUGCCCUCAUUGUGGAAAGAGUUUUACGAUGAAAGGAAAUCUUCAGACUCACAUGAGGCUUCACACUAGAGAGAAGCCUUACAAGUGUCAGAAGAGUUUCACAUAUCAAAGUGCCCUGAAAAGUCAUUUACAAACUCAUAAUGGAAAGAAAUUACAAUGUUCUGAGUAUGACGAGAGGUUUACGAAGAGGAGCAAUUUAAGAAGUCACCUGCACAUUCACUCUGGAGGAAGGCAGUUUAAUUGUGAUAAGUGUAAUAAAACAUUUCCUUUGCCAUCACACUUAAAGAUACACAUGAAAACUCAUGCAGAUGUGAGACCCUAUUAUUGUUCUUUUUGUGGAAAGCGUUUUAAAUGGCUCAGCCAUUUAAAAUGGCACCAGAAAAUAUGUAUCUCUGUGAAAUCAAAGCUACGUUCAUGUCCUGUAAUUUCCGUUGUAUAGGGUUGUCACUCAUAUAUUUGAUUCAGUUUGAAAUCAGUGUAUUGCAUCUGCAUAGCAUUCUGAUAGUAUGUCUUUUUGAUAUUUUGUUUACCUUAUGCUAAAAUGCAUUACAUUCUUUUUUUCUCUCUUUUUUUUAAACCAUUGCCAAUUAAAACCCAUAUAUAUUCAGAUCCUUAA